AUGAGGGUUAUUAGAUGGGAAUGUCAUAAGUGGGAUCUAAGCGAAAAUACAUUGGCAGGGACAAUCCCAAUCUCUCUCUCAAAUCUUUCAUCACUGAAUAAUAUAAAUCUAUCAGACAACGAUCUUAGUGGUGAAAUACCAGAAAAACUGCUCCAGGUUGCUCAAUACAACUAUACAGGCAACCACUUGAACUGUAGCCGACAAUCAACUCCAUGUGAAAAACGCACAGCUAAGACAGGCAAACAGAGAGUAAGGGAUAGAUCAAAUGUGAUUGUGCACCGAGAUGUUGAGCUAGUAUGGGGAACAGAAGGGAACAAUCCAGAUUUCACAUUUUUCAAUUAUUCACAAGUUUUGGAUGCUACAAAUGACUUCUCGGUAGAAAAUAAACUUGGGCAAGGUGGCUUCGGUCCUGUUUACAAGGUUAUACAUAGAGAUGUCAAAGCAAGCAAUAUUCUCUUGGACUACGAAAUGAAUCCUAAGAUUUCUGAUUUUGGGAUGGCAAAAAUGUUUAGCUCAAAUGAUAAUGAAGGAAACACAGAAAGGGUUGUUGGCACAUAUGGUUACAUGGCUCCAGAGUAUGCUUCCGAAGGCCUUUUCUCUGUAAAAUCUGAUGUAUUUAGCUUCGGUGUGCUAAUUCUUGAGAUUAUCACUGGAGAAAGAAAUUCAGGUUUCUAUUACCAUGGAAACUUCCUAAACCUACUUGGAUAUGCAUGGAAACUAUGGAAAGAGCAAAGAUGGCCUGAACUUGUGGAUAUAUCAUUGGCUACGAAUGGUUGUACACUAGAGAUGAUGAGGUGCAUCAACAUUGCGUUGCUAUGUGUGCAAGAGAAUGCGAUUGAUAGGCCUACCACAUCAGACGUAGUUGCAAUGCUAGGCAGUGAGGACAUGGCCCUGCCUGAGCCCAAGCACCUAGGAUAUUUCCACGCAAGGGUAGCAAAGGAAGAAGCGUCCACAAUUGCAGAGACAUACAAUAUCAAUGAUGCGACUAUGUCUAGCACACAUGGUAGAUAA